AAUUGAGCCACCAAAGAAACGCCUAUAAAGAGCCACCAAUCACUACUCACAAGUCAGAGCUCCAUUUUCAAACACCUCAAAACUGCUACGUCAGCUUGUUUCGUUUUCAUCUCCAAUGGCUUCACGCACCCUUGUUUUAAUGGCAGUUUUUCUUUUCUGCAUAGCUCUGCAGGUUUCAUCUGAUUUGGAGAUUAAUGAAGACCAUAGCGGAACUCAGUUGGUCAAAGGAGCUAACAGAAGGCUCCUGCCAUUCUUGGAUUGCGGAGGGUUGUGCAAGGUGAGAUGCAGUUUGCAUUCAAGGCCUAAUGUGUGCACAAGGGCAUGCGGUACCUGCUGCUUUAGGUGCAAAUGUGUGCCUCCAGGCACUUCUGGGAACAGAGAAUUGUGCGGCAAAUGUUACACUGACAUGACGACUCACGCCAACAAGACUAAGUGCCCUUAGAAUUAUAAUAAUAUGUAUUAUAGGAACCUCUCUGUUAGUGCUAAAACUUGAAAUUGCUAAUGUCUAGUUCAGUUGGGUUUAUCAUGUCAAAAUGUAUCCUGCUCUGUAUGUUACUUCAAUGAAGCUUUUGUGCAAAGUUUGGUACUAUUCUGGUUUUA